UCCAAACAAAAGCGUUGAGCAAAUAUUCGUUUCAAAGAUAAAAGUUUUAUAAUUACAAAAGUUAUAUUAAAAACGGUUUAAAUAAAAACAAUAAGCUGCGCACGAUUAUAUAAUGUUCUCAUUCUGAUACAUUUGACUUGCAACAGGGAGCCACCGAAGCUAAAAAUGGUUCUGGCCGAGAUUGCCGACUUUAUUCUCAACGUAAUCUUGUUGGUGAAGUAUUUUCUAAAAAUUAGCAUAAUUAUUGGAAAAUUAUUGCUAGAAACCAUCAUUUUCACAACGGGGCUCGUUUGGAGCGUUCUUCGAACUGUGUGCUAUUUUUUCGUAGUCUUCUACGAAGAUUAUUGGUACUUUCUGGAGGACUUUAAAAAUGGUCUCGAUUCGAUUGGUCAGUUUUUCAUCAAUUCGUUGUCGUCCGUGGGUGAACUUCUGAUAAGCAGUUUAAACACCACAAUGAAUAUCGUUAGCGCAAUACAUCACGGCGUUGAAAAGCUGAGUUCAGAUUUUGUGGCAGGACGAUUUCUGGAAGGGCCUAUUUUCACUAUCGAAUUUGCUAAACAGGCGCUGAUUCAGAUUGGAAGCGGAGUCUGGUUUUUGGUAACAUUACCCGGACACAUUAUCUGCAACUUUUGGGAGAUUUCCAAUGCCGGACUAGAGAUAGCUGUCAACGCGUCAUGUCACAUUGGAAGUAUACUGUCAGAAACAAGCUACCGACUGGUCAAUUACCUAAUUCGAGACGUUCCAUUCGAAUCUGCGGCCGGUUUGGUCGUUUUAUGGCUGGCAUAUUUAUUCCCCAAUGUUACCAAAAAAGUCGGUAGAUUUUGUUUCCUGAUUAUCCGUUAUCUGUACCGUAAAAUGCUUCCUAUUGGACGUGGAAUACGCUCAAAACUGAACCAAUUUACAGAUAAGAUUGCCCAAUUCUUCAUACGGAUAAUCAUGAAAGUUCUGGAGUCUUUCGAUUUUUUGCAAGCCCGUGCGAAUCUCAUCUACGACCGCGAAAUUCGUGGGGCAGUGAACUUCAUCCGCGACUUCUUUAGCUUUUCCGACUUGAGAAGACGUGCUAGUAAUCUUCAAGCACGCCAAACUGGCAUUGCUCAUCAUCAUAGCCGUGAACAGAACAGAGAACAGGAUCUGACGGAUUCUUCUCGGUCUUCGUCGACAUCAUCGGAACGAUCGACGGCAACGGAAGGCUCCCACAUUCAGGAAAGUCCUACCAAGAGACGCAACGACACAGGACCGGCCAUCGGGCUAUGUAUAAUUUGUGAAGACUUGGAAAAAUCGGUGGUUCUGGUGCCCUGUGGCCAUCUGUGCCUGUGCAAGCGCUGUGCCGAUCAGUUAGGAAACUACGAUCGAUACUGCCCGAUUUGCCGUACACUGAUCUACCGUAAGGUGGACGUUUUCAUAUAACUCUCGUACAGCCUGGCUGAUCUCUCUGAUAAGAACUUAUAUUUAGCGCAGAUGAAGAGACUGAUGUGUACUACCGAAAGCGAUACUGUGUAUUGUCUAUAAGUUGUGUACGUACAUUGAUAAAAGUUACGAUUAAAAUUUAGCUUAAAGGAA